AUGAGAUCGAAAUCGGAUUACUCCAGCGGAGGUGCCGCCGCCGCUGGUGUGGCGGCCUCUCCCGCGUCCGAUCUCGGUUCGAUCGAUCCCGUCCUUCUUGUGCUCAAGGUCCUGCCCUUCAGUUUCCUCCGACCGCCGCGCACCCGCCUGAGGCUCCCUUCCCUGAUUCUCCCCUCCCCCAUGACCGUGCUGUCCCUUCUUCUGCUCACCUACUUUGCGGUGGUCUCCGGCCUUGUCUACGAUGUGAUCGUGGAGCCGCCGGGGAUUGGGAGCACACAGGACCGUGCCACCGGCGUCGUCCGGCCUCUCGUCUUCCUUCCCGGCCGCGUCAAUGGUCAGUACAUCAUCGAGGGGCUCUCGUCAGGAUUCAUGUUUGUGCUUGGUGGGAUCGGCAUCAUCGUGAUGGACCUCGCGCUGGACCGCAACCGACCCAAAAGCGUCAGGGUGUCGUUCGCCUCUUUUGGGAUAGCGGCUGUGGUGAUCUCCUAUGUCAUGAGCACGCUCUUCAUACGGAUCAAGAUCCCGUCCUACCUUUACUGA